CUCCUCCAACUCACCGCUAGUCUGAUUACGUCACAAGCUAGCUACACUUUAAAAAGCUGAACGUGUUUAUUGUGUCGCUUGUUUAAGGGACUGUGUUGUACAAUACGUCACUGGAGUGCUGUGUCGGUGUAACGUUAGCAGAAAAUUAAUUUGGUGAUAAAUACACACGCUCUUAUGCUAAUUUGGUGUGUUACAUAUCCAUAGAACAUUUGAUCAAUUAAGGGUUAUUAGUAGUAACCGAGACUCCACAGCAGUGAUCAAAUGGGAUUGUCUUGCUCUGCCACUCCUGUUUAACUGGUCUUUUAAUUAAAGUGUUGAUAUUCACUGGAGAGAAGCGCAGCUGUGAGUGACACGGUCAAGUUCAAUCUGGAACUGGUGGCCUUCCUGGCGUCCAACCUCCAUGUCCCUCUUAAAGACUACGGAGUCCAAGAUUCUUGCUUGUAUUCAGAAUGACCUCUGGGCUCGGUUUGUGACCCUGCCAAACCAGGAUCGAAUAUGGACUCUGUCUCUCAGCAAGAAGGCAGUGCGCAAGCCUGCAGAACAGGCCCCAAAAACUCCGCUGGUGAUGGUCCACGGCUUUGGAGGAGGGGUAGGCCUGUGGAUCAGGAACAUGGACACGCUGAGUCAGUCGCGCCCUCUUUACGCCUUUGACCUCCUGGGCUUCGGCAGGAGCUCCAGGCCUCCCUUCCCCUCAGACGCUGCCAAGGCAGAGGAGCAGUUUGUCGAAUCCAUUGAGCAGUGGAGACAGUCCUUAGGCCUGGAGAACAUGAUUCUGCUGGGACACAGUCUCGGGGGGUACCUGGCUACCUCCUACGCCAUCCAGUACCCUUCUAGAGUGUCUCAUCUCAUCCUGGUGGAUCCGUGGGGUUUCCCUGAGCGACCGCAGACGCAGACCCAGGAGGGUCAAGAUCAGGGGACGGAGGUGGUGAAGCGGCCGCCCCUGCCACGCUGGGUGAAAGCUAUCGCUGCAGUGGUUUCCCUCUUCAACCCACUGGCCGUCAUCAGAGCAGCGGGGCCAUGGGGUCCGGGCUUGGUAAACAGAUUCCGUCCGGAUUUCAAACGGAAAUUCGAAGAUCUGUUUGAGGAUGACACUAUGACGCAGUACAUCUAUCACUGUAACGCACAAACCCCGAGUGGCGAGGUGGGUUUCCGGGCCAUGGCGGAGUCUCUGGGCUGGGCCAAGAGGCCCAUGCUGCAGCGGGUUCACCAGCUGCCCCCCUCCAUGCCCCUCACCAUGCUGUAUGGAGCUCGAUCCUGGGUGGACAGCUCGUCCGGGGACAGCGUGGUCCAGAUUAGGAACCAGACCCUCACCAGAGUCAUCCUGAUUGACGACGCCUCUCACCACGUGUAUGCUGAUCAACCAGAGGAGUUCAACAGAGUGGUGGAAAAGAUAUGCAACUCUGUUAACUGACUGCCAGUAUGCGUGUGUUUGCAAUUUCAUUUUUAAAAAAUUUCAUUUUUUUGCGUCAAAGGACUGAAAGUAUAAAGACAAUUCAUGACGGUUUUAGCACUCCAACAUGUGGAGCAUGCCGGAUGGUUUGGCGUUGGGGCAUAUCAAGACAUCCAGUAGCUCUACAUGAGUUUGAACGUUAUUUGUUUCAGAGACCUGUUCUCCUACGAACAGGUUGACAAUACUAUUGUUGCCAAUUUAUCUUGUCAUUUAUAAGCUAAUAUAUUGUAAGGAAAUGGUUUAUAACAUGAUUGAAUUGGUUUGUUAAUGUGAUCAUAUAGAGUAAUAAUUGUACUUCUUAAGCUAAAUGAUGUUGCCCAUUGUUAUAUUCUUAACACACGCACUACUCUGGAUGCACUGGGUUUGUGUGUGACGGAGCAGCCGCAUGGCUACUGACACACACUUGUUUUUAUGUUCCUGACAUUAAGUACUGUAUCAGAUAUUUUGUCUUUAAUCCCUAUUUUUCUCUUAUAUAUUCCCCAUGGUAUCAAACCACUGUUUGUAUUUUAUACCUUGAACACAAAAAAAGCUUAUUUGACAAACUGCUGCUGUGGAAAUCCACACGCAAAGCAAUGUGGCCCAACCAGUAGAGGUCAGUAACGAGUCCUACCAUUGGUGCGCUUUUACUUCUGCCUGUCAGCAGUGGGAAAUGGCUAGUGGAAGUCCUUCAUUCAAAAUGUUGCGUUUGUAAAAGCAGACAAAUUAUCACCAAAAGUGCCAGUCAUGAAGGCAGAAUUGCCCCAAUCACUGUUAUAUUUGUAACAUAAUUAAAUGUUUCAACCAGCAUUUUAAUGUUGCAGCUGGGAGAGGUCUGUUGUACGUAAUGUAAGUUUGAUCUAAAGCAAUUUAUCCCAUUUUAUUUUGUAUUUUUGUCAGUGUGAUACUACAAACUCAAUAAAAAAUUGUUUUUAAUAAUUAGAAAUGUAAACCUAAAUUUGAUUAUGCAGGGAGGGUGUUAUAGUAGCCUUCUUUUUGGUUCACAAUUUGAUUUUCAAUAAAAGACAAACAAAUGCUUUCCAUCUGAAA